AGGCGCUGCCCGGCCUUCGCCCUAGGAGAGUUCACCUUCUGUACAGACGAGAGAUCCGGGAAGAGGCUGUCUGUCGCUGCCUCUCACAAAGAGAAGGAAUUGACUAGUGUCACAUUUGAAGACGAGGGGCACUGAGGAUGAGGAAUCAACUGAAAAGUAUGAAAAUAUUCGAAAUGCAGAAUCUGUGUGGCCAAAAGUGGAAGGUCUUCACAAGGAUCAUAUGCAGGAGUCUAAGGUUGGUGAAACUUGUGAUUGGGAUAGCAAGGUAGAAAAUCAGACGGACAAGCCUGAGGGAAAAAGAAUGAAGGAAGACAAAAGUGGCUUCAGGGAAAAGAUUGGCAAAGCCAGGAAUACAGCAAAUAUAAAGACAGAACAGGAAGAUGAGGCAUAUGAGAAAAGCUUACAUCUGAGCUCAAAAUAUGUUACACACCAGACUGUCCCUAUAGAACAGAAAAAUAGUGAACAAGUCAAAUGUGUGGAGAGCAUUAAUGGGAACUCUCAUCCCAGUCUACAGCAAAAAGCCAGUGCUGUUAAGAAGUCACAUAAAUGUGAUGACUGUGGGAAAUCCUUCAAAUAUAAUUCCCGACUUGUUCAACAUAAAAUUAUGCACACUGGUGAAAAACGCUAUGAGUGCGAUGACUGUGGAGGGACUUUUCGGAGCAGCUCAAGCCUUCGAGUCCACAAGAGGAUCCAUACUGGGGAGAAGCCGUACAAAUGUGAGGAAUGUGGGAAAGCCUACAUGUCCUAUUCCAGCCUUAUAAACCACAAAAGCACCCAUUCUGGGGAAAAGAACUGUAAGUGUGAUGAGUGUGGAAAAUCCUUCAAUUAUAGCUCAGUUUUGGAUCAGCAUAAGAGAAUUCACACUGGGGAGAAGCCCUAUGAGUGUGGUGAGUGUGGGAAGGCCUUCAGGAACAGCUCUGGCCUCAGAGUCCACAAAAGGAUCCACACAGGUGAGAAGCCCUAUGAAUGUGACAUCUGUGGGAAAACCUUCAGUAAUAGCUCUGGACUUAGAGUCCACAAAAGGAUUCAUACAGGGGAGAAACCCUAUGAAUGUGAUGAGUGUGGGAAGGCCUUCAUUACCUGCAGAACACUUCUAAAUCAUAAAAGCAUCCACUUUGGAGAUAAACCUUAUAAAUGUGAUGAGUGUGAAAAAUCAUUUAAUUAUAGCUCUCUCCUCAUUCAGCAUAAAGUUAUCCACACUGGAGAGAAACCUUAUGAAUGUGAUGAAUGUGGGAAGGCUUUUAGGAACAGUUCAGGCCUUAUUGUGCAUAAAAGGAUCCACACAGGAGAGAAACCUUACAAGUGUGAUGUCUGUGGCAAAGCAUUCAGCUAUAGCUCAGGCCUGGCAGUCCAUAAAAGCAUUCACCCUGGGAAGAAAGCCCAUGAAUGUAAGGAGUGUGGAAAAUCAUUCAGCUAUAACUCACUUCUUCUUCAACAUAGAACAAUUCACACUGGAGAGAGACCUUAUGUAUGUGAUGUCUGUGGAAAAACUUUCAGAAACAAUUCAGGACUCAAAGUCCACAGGCGACUCCAUACUGGGGAAAAACCAUAUAAGUGUGAUGUGUGUGGAAAAGCCUAUAUCUCACGCUCUAGCCUUAAAAAUCACAAAGGAAUCCAUCUUGGGGAGAAGCCCUAUAAAUGUAGUUAUUGUGAAAAAUCCUUCAAUUACAGCUCUGCCCUUGAACAACAUAAAAGGAUUCAUACAAGGGAGAAACCCUUUGGGUGUGAUGAGUGUGGAAAAGCCUUCAGAAAUAAUUCAGGCCUUAAAGUCCAUAAACGAAUCCACACUGGAGAGAGACCUUACAAAUGUGAAGAAUGUGGGAAGGCUUACAUCUCACUUUCAAGCCUUAUAAAUCAUAAGAGUGUACACCCUGGGGAAAAGCCCUAUAAGUGUGAUGAGUGUGAGAAAGCCUUUAUCACAUACCGAACCCUUAUAAAUCACAAAAAAAUUCAUCUUGGGGAGAAGCCCUACAAAUGCGAUGUGUGUGAGAAAUCUUUUAACUACACCUCACUUCUUUCUCAACACAGAAGGGUCCAUACUAGAGAGAAACCCUAUGAAUGUGACAGGUGUGAAAAGGUCUUCAGAAACAACUCGAGCCUUAAAGUGCAUAAAAGAAUUCAUACUGGUGAGAAGCCCUAUAAAUGUGAUGUGUGUGGAAAAGCCUACAUCUCACACUCAAGCCUUAUCAACCAUAAAAGUACCCACCCUGGCAAGACCCCCUACACAUGUGAUGAAUGUGGAAAAGCUUUUUUCUCAAACAGAACUCUUAUAAGCCAUAAAAGAGUCCAUCUUGGGGAGAAACCCUUCAAAUGUGUUGAAUGUGGGAAGUCUUUCAGUUAUAGCUCACUCCUUUCCCAACACAAGAGGAUUCAUACGGGGGAAAAACCCUAUGUGUGUGAUGGCUGUGGGAAGGCAUUCAGGAACAGCUCAGGCCUCACAGUGCAUAAAAGGAUACACACAGGUGAGAAACCCUAUGGAUGUGAUGAGUGUGGGAAAGCGUACAUCUCACACUCGAGUCUUAUCAACCAUAAAAGUGUCCAUAGUGGGCAGCAGCCCUAUAAUUGUGAAUGUGGGAAAUCCUUCAAUUAUAGAUCAGUCCUUGACCAACACAAAAGGAUCCAUACUGGAAAGAAGCUAUACCAAUGUAACGAGUGUGGGAAGGCUUUCAAUAUCAGAUCAAAUCUCACCAAACAUAGAAGAAUCCAUACUGGAGGGGAAUAUUUAAAUGUGACAAAUAUGGGAAGUCAUAGUGGCACAUCACAGAAGAGAACUCAUGAGGGAGGGAAUGCUCUGGAUGGGACCAGGAUGAGCAUGUCUCUGUAGGAGGCAGAGUUUACCAAGUAUCAGGGAAUGCAAAUGGAAGAAAAACUUUAUAAGAGUAUUUGAGGUCCUUGUUCAUGGC